AGCGGGGUAGGUCGCAAACCGUCUCGAAGCAUGCUACUCGGUCAUCAAGCGUGGCAACCAGUGGUAACAAGUUACCUCGACCGCACACUGACGACGACCGACCGACCGACCGCGCUGGUCAUGUAGGAUCCAUCAUUGAUGUCAGACGACCGUCAUACAAAUAUAUAAGAUAUAUAUAAUAUAUAUGCGUAUACGCCCUCUUCAUGCAAAGCAUGCCCUUUUCAUAUAUUAAGCUAUAUAAAAUAUAUGCCUUUUUCAUAUGUUGCAAACUGUCAAACUGACAUCAGCGGUCGGUCAUCAGUGUGCGGUCGGAGGACGGUUUCGUGUCAACAGCAGACAUCACAGUUCACAAUCACUCUGUCCACGUCGUAUGCAACAGUCCUCGUCCCGAAAAUGAGUGAUGAAUGUCCGAAAAUUUUCUCGGCAUCGGCGCUGCUGCCGGACACGCCACCCGGACCUGAAACGCCAUUACCAUCUCUAUCGCCUCCAUUGCAUGCCAAAACGGACUCGGCGGUAGCUGCGGCACCGGAAUCAUCGACACCAAAGGGGGUCGCAGGAGGGGCCGUAAGCCGUAAACUCCAAUUAUCACCGCCGCCGUCCCCGGCCAAGGCCGUUCCGGAACAAAAAUCAACGGUGAAGAAGACAAGCAUCCUCCGGGCAUCUGUUCUGGGAAAUCCGUGGUCCGUGGAUUCAGCCCGGACAUCCGGACUUGCAAAGGGGCAUCCGGACUUGCCGUCCCAAUCACCACCAAAGUCCCCGGCCAAGGCCGUUCCGGAAGAAAAAUCAUCAGUGAAGAGGCCAAGCAUCCUCCGGGCACCUCUUCUAGGAAACUCGUGGUCCAAUUAUCCAAGGGUGCGUUCGGAUUUGCCGUCCCAAUCACCAUCAACAUCGGAUGCCACGGUGCCGAAGCAGCGACGUAUCCAAUCACCACAAAAGUCGGCGCCGUCGUCGCAUCAGCCAACAACACCGUCGCCGUCCUCGGUCAAGGCCGUUCCGGAAGAAACACCAGGAUCUUCGUGCUUCGCCAUCAUCCCCGAGCUCAGACAGCUAAAAAUGAAGGUCCUACAUCAGACUCAGAUGAUAGUAGAUUUAACCAAGCGCGUACAAGCGUUGGAAGCCGAAAGAUCUGCCAGUGUUUCGACGCCCAAACGGCUGUCGUUAUCCUCGCGUUUCCCUUCCCGAUCGAUCGAAGACCAGCGUCAGUGGGUUAUUACAAUGAGUAGUCAGCAGAAAUUCGAGGAGUUUCUAUUGGCUUUGGAUUGCCAGAACUGCUGCUGUUGUGAUUUGUGUUGUUUCUCGUGUAGCUCAUCAAUCUUUUUUCGAAUUAUCGCCCGCACCCACGUCAACAAAUCUUCAUCUGCCGCAUAUCCGACUCCUAUAUCACCAACCAACCGCCCGAUUUAGUUAGCAUCAGCUCUGGACAGGUAGGAUAGUGAUUUAAUAUAAUCCGAGCCGGCUAGAGAGUGGAAGUCAAGCUUGCGUCGCCUCCCUCCGCAAAAUUUCCCACCUCGCCGCUCUCCACCUGUACCUGCUGGACAUACUGCUGCUCUUCACGCAAACCAACUCACCCAAGACAAUCAUUCUCACCGCUGCCUCACUAUAUAUGCACCGUUCCGAGAAAUCAUAGCAAACAAUUUCGAACUUUGUGACUGCACCUAAUCUGGAGAAUAUAUCCCUGCUUGCCGCCCUGCCUUAUUAUUACAACAAAUCCGAACGUCUCGACCAGCAAGGUAGUACAUUAUCGUACCUCGUCAUCGCCGCCAUCCACCCGUCCGACGUGGGCCGACUUGCAUUUUU